UGGCGGACAUGCGUCGUUUUCAAGUGCCCCGCAGGUGGCCACACUGCUGACACCGUCACGAACGCAUCGCUAUCGCUAAUUCUUCGCUUCGCCCAUUUAUAAUUCAGCAAAUACGUCAAUUAGCCCCACCAGCGAACGGAAAAGCCUCAAGCUGGCGGAGAAAAAGGUCCAAAUGGCGCUAUGCCAGACAUCGGUGCUGAAGGUGUACCAUGCCGUGAUCGAGGACGUCAUCACAAAUGUGCGGGACGCGUUCCUGGACGAGGGCGUCGACGAACAGGUGCUGCAGGAGAUGAAGCAGGUCUGGCGCAACAAGUUGCUUGCUAGCAAGGCCGUCGAGCUGAGCCCGGACUCCGGCGAUGGCUCCCAUCCGCCACCCAUCGUGGCCAACAAUCCAAAGAGCCACAAGGCAGCGAAUGCCAAGGCCAAGAAGGCCGCCGCCGCAACCGCGGUCACAUCACACCAACAUAUCGGCGGCAACAGCUCCAUGUCCUCGCUGGUGGGGCUUAAGUCGUCCGCUGGAAUGGCCGCCGGCAGCGGCAUAAGGAACGGGCUGGUGCCCAUCAAGCAGGAAGUCAACUCACAGAAUCCACCGCCACUGCAUCCUACCUCGGCUGCAAGCAUGAUGCAGAAACAGCAGCAGGCGGCGAGCAGUGGACAGGGUUCCAUUCCAAUUGUGGCCACGCUGGACCCCAAUCGCAUUAUGCCUGUUAACAUCACGCUGCCAUCGCCAGCCGGCUCUGCCAGUUCGGAAUCUCGAGUGCUCACCAUACAAGUGCCUGCCUCCGCGCUGCAGGAGAAUCAGUUGACCCAAAUUCUGACGGCCCACCUGAUUUCAUCCAUCAUGUCCUUGCCCACCACGUUGGCCUCGUCUGUGCUUCAGCAGCACGUAAACGCAGCGCUAAGCAGCGCCAAUCACCAGAAAACUCUUGCCGCCGCCAAGCAAUUGGACGGUGCCCUGGACUCCUCCGAUGAGGAUGAAAGCGAGGAGAGCGACGACAACAUCGACAACGAUGACGACGAUGACCUAGACAAGGACGAUGACGAGGAUGCGGAGCACGAGGAUGCUGCCGAGGAGGAGCCGCUCAACAGCGAAGACGAUGUCACCGACGAAGACUCUGCCGAAAUGUUUGACACAGAUAACGUGAUUGUUUGUCAGUACGAUAAGAUCACCAGGUCGCGAAACAAAUGGAAAUUCUAUCUCAAAGAUGGCAUCAUGAACAUGCGGGGCAAGGACUACGUGUUCCAGAAAUCGAAUGGCGACGCCGAGUGGUAAUGGAUGGCAGUUGAGCGAACAGCGGCGGCAGUGUGAAUAUAUAUAUUAACAAAAGACAUCAAACAAAAAGCCUCAUCGAAUGCGCCUUCAGCCCUGGACGACAAUGGCUAACCAGACCGGACUCUGCAUCACUGGGCAACAUGACCAAGCAACACCGUCUGCACAGAAAGCAACGUACUCGGGCCGACACUGUAUCUUAUUUUAGUUCCAUCUGUUUUGUAUUACGAUAGCUUAAGGGUGUGUUGCAACCAACCAUCUCGAUUAAAUGUAUUAGAGUGCCGCAUAACUUUUGUGUCAAUAAACAAAAACAUUUGUGAAAGUU